CGCGCGAGACACUCAAGCCGCAUCAACGCUGUGCUCCAACUCUCCGAUUUAACGUUCACCUCGUGCUUUGUCUCAGAUGCAUGCAGCUUGACGAAAACGAUGGCUUUAUUGCAGAAAGUUGUCGGGACCAUUUUUCUGUAUGUCUUAACGAAAGCGAUAUAUCUUAUCUACCUCCACCCAUUGUCGAAAUAUUCCGGCCCGAAGUCAUGGAUCCUCUCAAGAAUCCCGUAUCUGGUGUACAUGAACAGCGGCAAGCUUCCCUUUCGCAUCAAAGAGCUCCACGAUACGUAUGGCUCCGUCGUCCGUGUUUCGGGUGACGAGCUCAGCAUUAAUGAUCCGCAAGCCUGGAGAGACAUCUAUAAUCGGAGGGAUAUGCUGCGUCCAUCGCAAUGGGGAGGUCGGCCACCGGGUGUGGAGGCGCAUAGCUUAAUCUCUGCACCUGCAGCGGAUCACGCGCGGUUUCGGAAAGCUUUGAAUCCCGCGUUUUCUGAGAAAGCGACCAGGGAAUAUGAGCCUGUUGUCCGGGCUUACAUCGAGAAACUGCUCUCCCGGCUAGACGUGGCGGCGACGAAAGGCCCCGUAGAUAUCGUCGAAUGGGCGAAUUUUACGACAUUCGACAUUAUCAGCGAGAUCACCUGGUCGAAAUCCUACGGUUGUCUCGACAAAGCCACCGGCCAUGCAUUCAUGGGUGUCCUGCUGCAUUUCCAAGCAUUCCUUGUAGCUGCAUCCAUCAAGUACUUUCCCUGGCUCGAUCGCUUACUGGCCGUCAUCACACCAAAGAGCGCCUUCCGGCUGCUGGAGGAUAUAUUCCAGGAUACGCACGAACGGCUACACGCGCGCUCGAUGAUCAAGGAGCCGUCGCAUGCGGACCUAGUUGGUCAUCUGAAGUUGCAUCAAGAGCAGGCCGCUGAUGCCGACAAAUUUCGCGAAGCCGAGAUCGAGCAGAACAUCCUCACCGUCAUUGUUGGUGGGUCCGAGACUCUAACCACCGCCAUUAGCGGCGCCUUCCAUCACCUUCUGGCAAGUCCGCGCGUUCUUUCAAAGCUCGUGCACGAGAUACGCUCGUCCUUUGCAAAGGAAGCCCACAUCGACACUAAUGCGCUCUCAAAGCUACCCUACCUCAACGCUGUAAUCGACGAGACACUACGGCUUUGCCCUCCCUUCCCGGAUAUGCUCCGCCGACAAGUCCCGGCUUCGGGGGCGAUUAUUGCAGGCCACGCAAUCCCUUCUCACACCACGGUAUCCGUAUCCUGCUAUAGCAUGUUCAAGUCUGCGUCAUACUUCAGCGACCCCGACAGCUUUCUUCCAGAGCGUUGGAUUGAUGGGCGGGACGGUGCGGAAGCGAGAGAGGCGUUUCAUCCGUUUGCGCUGGGUCCGCACAAUUGCCUUGGGCAGCCUCUUGCGAGGAUGGAAAUGCGCUUAAUGAUUACAUUAAUCCUGUGGAGGUAUGAUGUGGGGAUUUCGAAGGGUGACAGUUUGCGGAAGUGGGAUGAACAAAAGAUCUACUGGACGUGGGAGAAGCAGCCGUUGCUGGUGGGGCUUUCGAAUGUCGAUGCGUAAGAAGCGCGACGUCGCUUCGGGAUGAAAAUACAGGAGACUCUGUGAGCUGGGAGGGGUUUAUUAAUGUGGGUUCGAGUGCAGAUGACGAGGUUUUGAGAGCCCUUUCCCUAAGAUUUUCCUAAUUAACACGUCAACCCUCCAACUACGCUACAACGUUCAUUUCUAGCCCGAUUCCUGUCUAACAAGGCCAGAUGGUUCGUUAUCCCUCGGUCGCGCAACUCCAGCCUGCAUACUGUCUAAUACAC